AUUAUUCACAUCUAUGGUGUCAACAUUGUUAACCUUUUAUUUGUUCAAAUGAAAUGAUAUUUUCAUAUUUCUUUCAUCGGAAAUAAGGAUAUUGAAUAAUAAUAAUGGUAUCCAACGCAAAUGAAAGUGCUUGGGAUGAUAUCGGAUUAGAAGAAAAAUCUUACCUCAAAAUGAAACUAAAUAUGGAAAAAGAUGGUUUUAGGGACGGUAUAGAUGAAGGAAAAAAUCAAGUUUUUCAAAAUUAUUUUGACAAGGGUUAUAUUGAUGGUUUUAAAAAUGGACAACUUUUAGGAAAACUUAAAGGAUCCAAUUGGGCAAAAUCCAUAUUUACCAAUGAAAAUUUGGUUCAAACAAAGGAAACAGAAAAAUCAAGUAUUGGUGUUUGCAUUCUAUGUAAAGAUGUUGAUAAUAUUUCCCAACCACUUUCAAAAAUAAAAUCUAAUCAGAUGAAGCUGCUUGAAACUUCUAUAAAUAAUAUAACUAAAACACAAUCAUGACAUCAUAAUUUAUUCAAUUAAGAAAAUUAUAGUAUAUAAAUACUCAAAUUAUAUUUUUUACUGUAGAAGAAA